AUGGAAGCCGUACUCAAAGGCCGGGCAAUGUGCCCAUUUCUCCAAAAGACUUCUCCCGCAACCCUUCGAUCUUUAUCAACCUCUACUCGCCCUCAUGCCUCUGCAGGCGGUGGAAGUAUGUCGAAUCUUCAGACCAUUGCAGGACGCUGUCCAGUCAUGGGUAAAGCUCUCGCCGUUCAGACCGCAAAGGCCGGAAAGGUUGGAUUUGGUGGCGUUGCUGCUAUGAAGGUCAUCCGAGCCUUUUCCAGUAAAGUUAGCACCGGAAAAGCAAAGCUUCAUACCAGCAGAUCUCAUGAAGCCAGGGCUGUCGAGGAUACCGUCUUUGGUCGCGAAAGUGUACCGUUUCAACAUAUCAAGCAAACACGCCAACCAUCUCAAGCUACUCAUCAUGAACAAUCUAAAGCCGCCAAAUUUGAUUAUGAAGGAUUUUACAAUGCGGAAUUGGAUAAGAAGCACAAGGAUAAAUCCUACCGCUACUUCAACAACAUCAACCGUUUGGCCAAAGAAUUUCCCCGCGCUCACAUGGCCGAUAAGAACGAAAAAGUGACGGUAUGGUGUUCUAACGAUUAUCUUGGAAUGGGCCGGAAUCCUCAAGUCCUAAAGACGAUGCAUGAAACCCUUGAUGAAUAUGGUGCUGGUGCUGGUGGAACCAGAAAUAUUUCUGGUCAUAAUCAACAUGCAGUUGGUCUCGAGGCCUCAAUUGCGAAACUUCAUGCUAAGGAUGCUGCGCUUGUUUUUACUUCUUGCUAUGUUGCGAACGAUGCGACUCUUGCGACCCUCGGUAGCAAAUUGCCUGAUUGUGUUAUUUUGUCCGAUUCUUUGAAUCAUGCUUCGAUGAUUCAGGGUAUUAGACAUUCUGGCGCGAAGAAGCUUGUCUUCAAACACAAUGAUUUGGAAGAUUUAGAGGCCAAGUUGGCAUCUCUUCCGCGUGAAGUCCCUAAGAUCAUCGCAUUCGAAUCUGUAUACAGCAUGUGUGGCUCAAUUGGACCUAUUGGAGGAAUUUGUGAUUUGGCCGAGAAAUAUGGCGCACUUACCUUUCUCGAUGAAGUCCAUGCAGUAGGCAUGUAUGGACCACAUGGUGCCGGUGUAGCCGAACAUCUAGAUUAUGAGGCUCACCUUGCAGGUCGUCCGCAAGGCACCAUCAUGGAUCGUGUGGACAUCAUUACCGGGACUUUAGGCAAAGCAUAUGGAUGUGUUGGUGGCUACAUCGCCGGAUCUCAUAAGAUGGUCGAUGCCAUCCGAUCUCUUGCCCCUGGUUUCAUUUUCACCACCUCUCUUCCACCCGCAACCAUGGCUGGCGCACAAGCCGCCAUUGAAUACCAAUCGGAAUAUCAAGGUGACCGCCGUCUCCAACAACUCCAUACCCGGGCCGUCAAAGACUCACUUAGCGAACGCGAUAUUCCAGUUAUCCCCAAUCCUUCUCACAUCAUCCCCGUCCUAGUUGGAAACGCCGAACUUGCAAAACGUGCAUCCGACAUGCUCCUUGAAGUUCACGGUAUUUAUGUACAAUCCAUUAAUUAUCCUACCGUUCCCGUUGGUCAAGAGCGUCUUCGUAUCACUCCUACGCCAGGUCAUGUUCGCGAAUAUCGCGAGCAUCUCAUCAACGCCAUUGAUUCUGUGUUUACCGAACUCGGCAUCAAGCGCACUUCCGAAUGGGCCGCUAAGGGUGGUUUCAUUGGUGUAGGCGAAGCUAAUGUUGAAGUUUCAGAACCACUUUGGACCGACAAGCAACUUGGUGUCGACCAAUUUGUCAAGGAACUGAAGGCUACCGGUCCAUUGGGUGUCAUGGAGGCGCUUCUAGAGCGGGAGACGAGAGAAACAGCUGAGGCCGUUAGUUCUGCGGCUCAGUAG